GUGAGAUACAAAGCUUGAAAGCUUUUUCGUUGUUGUAGUGUACAGACGACAUAAACAAUCUGCAAAAAGUGCUAUUCUAGCACGAACUGCAAAAGUGUUCGAAGAAGAAAAUAGUAGUGUUGUUACUUAUGUUGGCGUUGUUUCAAGAAUUAGGAUUGACUUAGACUAUUUUAAGGUCACUUAAGUAGACAAGAUGCCUAAUUUACUCCAAUUUCUUCAAACUAUUUCUACUUGGAGAAUCGAUGAUGACGUGGAAUUUGCUCAUCCACCAUCAACACCUAUCAUUACUGUCAUACCAGCUGUGGAGGAACCAGAAAAACCAAAGCCAGAAGAAUUAAGAAUGGGAACUAAUGAGAAUAAGGAUGGUUUAAAAAUACAGGACAAAAUGGCAUGGUUGAUUACAUCAUUUCAAUCUAUCAAAUUGAAAAUCGGGUUAAAAAGCGCUGCAGGUAGUACUGGAGAACUACAAAAUAUGUUGGCACCUGAUCAGAAUGGUGGUCGUAAACAGAGCAACGCAGAUAAACAUGCUGAAGGAGUGUGUCAUAUUUCUCAAAGUCCGUUUAGAAUUUUAAGGGCAGCGGAAAGUGGAAAUCUAGAGAUUUUCCAGCGGCUCUAUUAUGCUGAACCGAGUCGUCUUGUCAUCCAAGAUAGCCGAGGAAGGACACCUGCUCACCAGGCGGCCUCAAGGAAUAGAGUUAAUAUUCUGCAAUUUAUUCUGGAUCAGGGAGGAGAUUUAGACAUCCUAGACAAUGCCAAGAAUACUCCAUUACAUGUGGCCGUAGAACAUGAGGCUUUGGAUGCUGUUGAUUUUCUGUUAGACAAAGGGGUGAAGACAGACAUUUUAAAUGAGAAAAAUCAGGCAGCGAUUCACUUGGUCACUGAGCUUAAUAAGGUUAAGGUCUUGGAGGUCAUGAGCCGUCAUAAAAACAGAAUUGAAAUCAAGCAGGGCGGUGAACACGGUCGAUCAGCACUCCAUAUUGCAGCUAUCUACGACCACGAAGAAUGCGCAAGAAUCUUGAUUUCAGAAUUCGGGGCUUGUCCGAAAAUCCCAUGCAACAACGGAUAUUAUCCCAUACAUGAAGCAGCCAAGAACGCUUCAUCCAAAACCUUGGAAGUUUUCCUGGCAUGGGGCGAAUCACGAGGUUGCAGCAGACAGGAAAUGAUAUCGUUCUACGAUUCCGAGGGAAACGUACCUCUUCACUCUGCCGUUCAUGGAGGUGAUAUAAAGGCUGUUGAAUUAUGUAUAAAGUCAGGCGCUAAGAUCUCCAUACAACAACAGGAUCUAUCCACUCCAGUUCAUUUAGCUUGUGCUCAAGGUGCCACCGAAAUUGUCAAAAUCAUGUUUAAGAUGCAACCAGAGGAAAAACUGCCGUGUCUUCAGUCGUGCGAUGUCCAGAAGAUGACGCCGCUUCACUGUGCCGCUAUGUUUGACCAUCCGGAAAUAGUAGAAUAUUUGGUCAGUGAGGGAGCAGAUAUAAACGUGAUGGACAAAGAAAGACGAUCGCCGAUGCUGCUUGCGGCGUUGAGAGGAGGUUGGAGGACAGUACAUACGUUAAUAAGAUUAGGAGCAGAUAUCAACAUAAAAGACGUUAAUCGGAGGAAUGUUCUACAUCUGGUUGUGAUGAACGGUGGAAGAUUAGAGAAGUUCGCAUCUGAAGUAAGUGAGGCGAAAUCAAAAGAAAGUCUGCUGCAGCUCCUUAACGAAAAAGACAUUAAUGGAUGCUCUCCGCUACACUACGCCAGCCGUGAAGGGCACAUAAGGAGUUUGGAAAAUCUUAUCCGCUUGGGAGCAUGUAUCAAUCUGAAAAAUAAUAACAACGAAAGUCCUCUUCACUUCGCUGCUAGGUAUGGUCGCUACAACACUGUCAGAGAACUACUGGAUUCCGAAAAAGGAACCUUUAUUAUCAACGAGAGCGAUGGUGGAGGACUGACACCCCUACACAUAGCUUCUCAACAAGGACACACUAGGGUAGUUCAACUUUUGCUCAAUAGAGGAGCUCUCCUGCACAGGGACCACAACGGCAGAAAUCCAUUACAUCUUGCAGCUAUGAACGGGUAUACUCAGACGAUUGAAUUGUUACUGUCAGUGCAUUCCCAUUUGCUUGAUCAAACUGAUAAGGAUGGGAACACUGCAUUACAUCUAGCAACUAUGGAGAACCAACCCAAUGCUAUUGCGUUUCUAUUAUCAGUCGGUUGUAAACUGCUGUACAAUCAAAUGGAUAUGAAUGCUAUCGACUAUGCUAUUUACUAUAAGUUUCCAGAAGCAGCUCUAGCGAUGGUAACUCACGAGGACAGGGCUGAAGAAAUUUUAAACUUAAAAUCUAGUAAACACCCUUGUGUAACACUGGCUCUAAUCGCUUCAAUGCCGAGAGUAUUUGAGGCAGUCCAAGAUAAAUGCAUAACAAAAGCAAAUUGCAAGAAGGACUCAAAAUCCUUUUAUAUUAAAUAUAGCUUCAAUAGUUUGCAAUGUUCAAUUACUACUCCUGACACAGAAGAAGAUAAACCUGCCCCAAAAAGAGAGCCACUGCCAGCAUUAAACGCAAUGGUUACACAUGGAAGAGUAGAACUACUUGCUCAUCCUCUGAGUCAAAAAUAUUUACAAAUGAAAUGGAACUCUUACGGAAAAUACUUUCAUUUAGCUAACGUUACAUUUUACAGCGUAUUUCUGGGUUUUAUAACAGGAUUUGCUUCACAAUUAAUGCAACAGGAUUCAGACGUUGUAACUCCACUUGCUAACACAACGAAUAUGAGUCAUGCAGAAUACGUAGAGCACCAAAAGAAACUUAUUCUAGCAAUCAGAAUCAGUCCAAUGAUGUACAUCAGUGCCUUAGCAAUUCUCGUCUACAUAGGCAUCAACAUCUUCAGAGAAUCCCUUCAGCUUUACCAACAAAAAUUCCUCUACUGCAUGGAUCCCAUCAACUUGGUGACGUGGUUGCUGUACAUGUCGGCACUUAUCAUGGUUCUGCCCAUAUUUGGAGGAGUUAUGUAUGACUUGCAGUUUUCCUGCGCUUCAAUGACUGUGUUUUUGAGCUGGUUCAAUCUCUUACUGUUGUUACAACGAUUCGAUCAAGUUGGUAUCUAUGUGGUGAUGUUUUUGGAGAUCCUGCAGACCCUCAUUAAGGUACUGAUGGUGUUUUCGAUACUUAUCAUCGCUUUUGGAUUGGCUUUCUACAUUUUGCUCUCGAGGGGUGAACACCUCUCAUUCAAAACGAUCCCGAUGUCUUUAGUCCGGACAUUCUCCAUGAUGCUGGGAGAGAUCGAUUUCUUAGGCACCUACGUUAAGCCGUACUAUUUGACCAAUGACGGACAAGACAGGUCAUUUCUACCGUUUCCUAUUCCAGCAUUUAUGAUACUGGGAUUGUUUAUGGUCCUCAUGCCGAUCCUGUUGAUGAAUCUGCUCAUCGGUUUGGCUGUUGGAGAUAUUGAGUCUGUAAGAAGAAAUGCUCAACUCAAAAGAUUAGCUAUGCAGGUUGUACUACAUACAGAAUUAGAAAGGAAACUACCAAAGUUUGUAUUAGAAAAAGUUGACAAGAUGGAAAUUGUUGAAUAUCCCAAUGAUGCUAAGUCAAAAGGACGUUUUCUGGAUGUGAUUUUAAGAAAAUGGUUUGGAAAUCCUUUUUCUGAUGAUGCCGGAGUAGACAUAGCUAUGGAUAACACCGAAGACUACAUAGUAGCAGAAUUGGAUAAGACAAAACGUAAGCUGAAAAACAUCACCAAGGCAUUGGAAACACAGCAGCAGUUCCUGCGCCUCAUCGUUCAGAAAAUGGAAAUAAAGACUGAAGCGGACGACGUGGACGAAGGUGUGUCCUCUAGUAACUUGGGCUCAAGCAACGCCUGUGCGAGCAAGUGGACCUCUCCGAAAAUUCGAAAAAAAUUAAGAUCUGUCAUAAGUUUUAAUAAGGGUACUUCUUAAAGAUUGUGGCGAGAUAAAAUGGCAUUUUGUAUGAAAUAGAGGAUAUUUAGUAUUGAGGGUCAUAAAUUUAGAUCACAAUGUUACUUUUCAGUUCAUCAUCACGGCAUCUACACUCUAAGAGGAAUGGUUGCCGCCCUCUUUGGGCUCUUCCGAUUCAUUAAAGUACAAGAGCAAGGUUUGUGGCUCAGCUACAACUUUGAUUUGUAUAGAAGGUAUGCUGACAUCAUCAUCCAGCCUUCUGCAUCCAAAGUUGAACAUAGGCCUCCCCUAAUUUCUUCCAGUUUUGUCGAUCUUGGGCUUUCUGCAACCAAUUCCCAGCAAUCCUUUUGACGUCGUCUGUCCAUCGUGUAGGUGGUCUACCUCUACUUCUUCUGUCUUCUCUUGGUCUCCACUCUGUAAUUUUUUUGGUCCACAUCCCGUCCUUCAUUCUGGCUACAUGGUCUGUCCAAUUCCACUUCAGCCAUGCUACUCGCUCUAUGACAUCUGUGGCGCCUGUCCUUCCUGUGAAGAAGAUGUAAAGGCGAUAAAAGUUUUUGACUGAAGGAGAGUGGUGGGAUGAAGAACCAGAGGGAAAUCUAAACUAAGGUACCUGGACACUUGAAUAACGUCAUAAUAUUUAUUAAGUUAAGGGGUGGAAAACAAUUGUCCAAGACAGGGAACAAUGGAGGAUAUUCUAAAGAAAGCGUUGGCUCAUAUAACGAGCUUUAAUUCUAUUGAUGAUUGCGUUUAUGAUAAUUGAAGACCUUGAGACCAGAAGGGAGCAUGCCACCAAACAAUAUUUUGGAGAAAACAUCAUUUUAAACUUAUUUUCAAAUCCUGAAUUCCAAUUUUUAAAUUUUUCUUGGUAGUAAGGCCCAUAAUCGUUUGGAAAUAUGAUAUUAAAUACACAAUAAAAGUAACACAAAUGUUUAUUUAACGGUUUUUGAGUUUUUUAAUAUUUUUUGAAAAAAUAUGAGGCUUAUCCCCUUUUGUAUAAAAAAUUAUAUUCUAAAAUAUGAACAUAAAAUGCAACAAUAAAAUAAUUCAGUCGUCAAAAUUUUCAGUAUCUGAAAAGUCGUCCAAAUGUUCAAUGUCUUCCAGUGGUUCAUUAUUCUCAAUAUCUGGUAGAAUCUGUUGGCAAGCACCAAUUUCUGCCUACACUGUUUUUUGCAACCGCAAGGUGCACCUAAUUUUUUUGGUUAUAUUUUCUUCCCUUUUGUAUUUAUAUACAUAUUCGUAAACUAGAUUUUUUUUAGUCUUGCGCUUAAUUUUUUAUGUCGUUGGGUAUCCUUGUGUCUCCAUCUAGAAGGCGCCUUAUUUUCUGGAGUUGGCAAGAGGACUCGAGAAGUCUGUGGGGUAUAAACCUAUUCAUUUUCCUACAAUAAAGUAGGUAUUUUACUAAAAAGGGAUAAGCCACAAAAAACCUUUAGAACAAUCCUAAUAUUUUUAGGUUCGAAAAAUAUAACAUAAGGGGACAAGCCACACAUUUAAUAAACUUACUGUCCCUGAGUUUAUAUUUUCCCAAUCGCUGCUACUUCCGGAUACUGUAUAGUAUUUGUCAUCUUCGCUUUUAUUUAAAAACGGAUCUUGGUCACUGUGUUCAGAAUCAAACUCAGAAAAGUCUAUUUUCCGUUUACAUGCACGGGAAUGUUCCGCCUCCAUGUUGAUUACUACUGUGGCUUGUCUCCUUCUGUUGCAAUAUAAAGUAAUGGCGACACAACGGGACUUAACUACAGCGGCGCCAUCUAUGAGAAAACUACUGAAAUUUUCUGUUUGGGACAUUAAUAUGGUCUUAAAGUGUGCGAUUUCUACUUUUUCUAACUCAUUUUUGAAGAAAUUGUGGCUUGUCCCCUUCUGGUCCCAAGGUCUUCAAUUUUACUAAUUAUCUUUCAUUUUUUGUACUUAUUGGCAUAUUUUUUGCCAAUCUGCAAAUCGUUAUUGUUUUGUUCUCAUAUUUAUACAGGUAGCAAUCUUGGCUGAAUUUUUAAGUGGUUUAUGCGUUUUUUCUGAUGUUGAGCGAAACAAAAAUUUAACUCUUAUAGGUAUCUACUCAAAACCUUCAAGAUAAGCCUCAAUUUCAUACACACUUGCUGUAAAGUUGUUGUACCUGUCCGUUCUAGUCAUAGAGUCUAUAAAAAGUUAAGAUAAAUUAAAAUAGAUGUAUUCUUAAGUGUGACAAGAUAUAUUGCAUGAAUUUAAUCAAUGUGCAGGUAUUAAAAUUCAAAUUUUUAAUUUUUGUAUAUUGACAAAAAAAGCACUCGCGUCAAUUUUCAAAAAUAAAUAAAUAUGUUCUUCACAA